GGGACAGCCGCAUGUGUUUACAUCGUGAAGGCCGAUGUAACCGCACAAACACUGUACCAGCAAAAUGAUUUCACGUUCACAGAAAUGAACAUGUAGCUGCGGUUAGCGAAUGUUGAUACUUUGACGUUACAUUUAAAAGCUUUCUGGACUCUCGAAGCCCCGGCGAAGAUGAAUUCCUACAGCAAACAAGUCAAGUGUGACUGCGAGGAGCUGCUUCGUCGCUUCCAACAAUCGGAGUCAGUCCGCUUUGAGAUUUUCUCCCAAAUCUGGAGGGAAAUGAAAUUUGAGCAGAUAUUCUAUGGUACUUUGGGUCAUGAGAAGCGAGCCUUCAGUCGUCUGGUGCUGGACACAGCCUACGUCUACUUUUUGCCACCUUUCAGCUUCCAGAUCCGAGUGGGAGGACUUUACCUGCUGUACUGUCUCUUCCACUGCCAGACAGCCUCGCCGCGCGUCGGGAUCCGUAUUUCGCUGAAGGACUGGGUGGACAUUCAGACCUUUGAGAAGGACGCCGUAGGAGCUCAGCAUUUCGACACCGUUUUCAUCCUUCACCAGCUCAUGUUCCAGAAAGCUUUCUACUUCACCGCCAUGCCCACCUUGCUGACUUUUAACAAGAUCAAAGUGGAGGAAAAGUCGCAGCUGUAUAACAAGUUUGUGGCGCGAGCGUGCGGCCCACAAGAGCUCAUCGACAACGAGCUCCUGGAGGAGCUGUCCAACGUCCAUGAGCUCUACGGGAAGAUCAAGACGUCCAUGUACUCUGAAGAGCAGCAGGCCGACUUGGGAAUCAACUUGAUCCAUAAAAAUCUCAUCCCGCAGCUCAGAGGAUCCGUCAUGACCUUCCACUUGUGGCAGAAGAGGAAGAAACAGGGUGAGAGUGACGAAGAGGUCGUCAGGGAUGGAGCAUCUUCACAGGCAGAGUGCUCCAGAAGAGCUGAACUUCUGACCUCCAUCAAGUCUAAAGCGUACAGAAAAGCUGCAGCGGUGUUCAAGUCUCGACGUCAUCGCCGAGUGAAGGUGGAUGUGGACAUCAAGGCUGGCCCCGCCAAGACGAGCAAGCAGUCACUCAAAGCCAGAACCAAUGAGAACAUUCACAUCUCAGGUGACGUGUGGAAAGAAGCGACCAAAACGACUCACAGCAAUCGGCUCACAGCGCUGGACCAUGUCCCUGAAGAAAAAAAACCCUCGUGAAGACUCGUGGGGAUGAGGACUACGUUGUUAAAGCGCACCCAUCAUACAGUCGCCUCCCGAAUUGUCUGGCGUUUAUUUUACCGUGAUUGUACAUUAGUAGUUCAUGCAAUUAACAAGGUUAACUGCAGACCUGCCAACAUUUAUGCAUUUUUGUACUUUGCAUGCACGUUGACCCUUGAAUACGUUUCAAUACGCUUCACUGCUGUCCCCAUACAGAUUUUACCCACUGACAGCUCUCUGGCGUAGCGUGGCGUGGCGUGCACCUCCAAAGAGGUGCGUGGCGUGCACCUCUUUGGAGGUGCCACUCCUACAAUUUCUCCUACAAUUUUGGAUCAACGUUUUAAAUAAAGUGACUGUGGUCACGCAUCUUAUCAGUUCCAGCUGCUAUUACACUCCCCAUCUCUCUUUAAUUACCAUUGUUGGCUGGUGAAGACGCUAUAAAAGCACGGCGGACCAAUGCUAGUACAUGACUCCUACUUUUAAAAAGCUCAAAUAUUUAUACUGACACAAAGAUUUGUUUUUAAAUGUACAUUUAUUAGCCUUUUAACAAAGAAACCAAUUGGGAGGGGGGGUUAUAAAGGUUGGCAGGUCUGU